GGACACUUUAGCGCUGAACUGCCGAUGGGAUGCGUUGCUGGCUGUUGAUCUCCGUGAGCCUUUUCAAUGUCCUUCCCGCCCCAAUCUCUGCACAACAAGGCAACUCUGCAAUGGAGGAGCCUCGAAGGUACGGUUGGUCCAUCCUCGAGCAGCUGCAAGUCGGCCCUAUCGGCUUCCCCAUGCUCAUCCCGCCGCCAUUUGCACUGCCAAGAAGGAGCCUCGGGCGGGCAGCCAGCCAACCUCAGCCAAAACUCAGUCCCGAGUACUCGUCGGUGUUUGGCAUAUAUCAAGACGACAACCUUGCUGGGCUGCUUGUAGGCACGAUGCAUUUGCCUGUUGCCCAGCUGAUGGAGAAGGGCAUGUAUAAUGUGAGCUUUGUGGAGGCCGUCGUCGACCGAGUCGACCCUGAUGCAUUCUAUGGAGGUGAAUUUGUUGAAAACAUGGCCCGAACAAUGGAUUUCGAGUACGUCUGUGUGCAUGCUCUUGUCUAUGGCGGGCUGCAGAGGUGGAUAAGUUCAACGAGACAGCCGAGGAGCUCACUCGCAACUGCACCAACCUACCCGAGGGCCAGACAGUGGAAGAGGUGCUGGACAAACACCCUGCCAUCCUGGUAAGCCUUCAGUGAACAUGCACCGACCUGCCAUGAACACCACUGGCUCUGCUGCUGCAGGCAUUAUUCCGCCGGUUGCUGGGGAUCAUCGAAUGUGUGAGCCCCAAGUGGGCCAGGAGUAUCAAUCGCAAGGUGCUGCCCUGGGUCGAGUUCGACCUCAUGGACUUGAUCCUAAAGGGCUACGGCUUCGAUGAGAGGAGGGUAUUCGACUACCAUCUGGCGGUGCUGGGCAGCCAGCGGGGCAAGCCGUCAGGAUCGCUCGAGACAGCCGAGUAUCGAUGUGACAUGUGGAGAGGUCAGACAGAUAGUGCACGUCAAAGACGGAGGGAGGCACGGUGUCUGCAGUGUUUGCCCUCCUUUCUGGGACUGCAGGGCAGGUCAAUUACGUGUCUCUGUCGACCACGCUGGGUCAGCUGUACGUCCGCUUGAAAGCUCUCGAGGCCAUGACGGGCGGAUUCGCCACCAUCCCCAUCGCCCCAAGCAACGACACAGCUCAGCGGCUGGUGGCCAACUGCACUGACCCGGCAGCUGGGGUGCAGGUGGGCGGCGUCGGUCUCGAUGUGGCGUCCAAGAAGUUGUCUUCAGCCGACAUGGAGUUCCCAGAAUCUGUCAAAGAGCUGGAGAGGAAAGAGGGUACGCCGGUCCGCCACGCUCAGAUAUGUCUCGCCUGACCGUUGCCCCUCCGGUUGUGUCUCGUUUAGGUAGCGACAAGGUGACGUCUGACAGCUGGGUGGCGCAGUCGAUCGUCCCUCGGAACCGAUUCAUGGCCAAGAAAAUCGACGGGGUCAUCCGGCGGCCCCCAUAUGAGUCGGAUUGCCCUUCUCCUGUGCCCCUGUUCUUCGCUGGCGACCUGCACGUGACGCCCACGACGUUCUCACCCAAUCCUAUUUUUCACCCCUCCCUGCCCGCCCUGUUGCGCGAUGAGAAGGGGUACGGUGUGCGGAGGAUCAAGCGGCUGGACGACGUGCCCGCCAAGAGAGAGCGGUGUGGUGAGAAUGGAGGCAGCAGCCUGCUGAGGCGGCUGGUGGGGGAUAUGCGGGCUGCGAGGCUGCUCUUUGUCUGACGAUGCUUGAUGGGAUGGAUGGGGGCAAAUGUGUGUGUUCUCUAGUAUUUGCGCGUGUGUGUGGUGUCGCGACCGUCACGAUGCGUGUGUGUAUGUGAGUCGAUCGACGCGGGUCGUCAUAUCAUUCAUGUGUAGAAGGAUAUGACUCUUGUACUCUUGUACUCUUGUAUGUCUACAUCACUCGACCGUCAACUCUACAGCCG